AUGGUGAUCACCCCCAUCGAGUAUCAGCUGAUCGAGGGGCAGAACGUCACAUUAAACAAGCUCCGAGAGAUGGCCCACCGGAAUCAACUCGCACAAAGCAAGACACCAGAGGGGGUCAGUGAGUCUGUGACGCUUUCCCAGCUGCAAGGGGAGCUGGUGGGCGUGCAGAGCUCCUUGUUCUCUUUGGGCCUGGAGCUGGAGGCCAGCCAGAGGAGUCUCAGUCAGAGUCAGAGACAAGAUGACGAUCUGGCCCGCUUCAAAGACAGACUGAAUGCUGACCUCCAGGAGGCGCUGCAGCAUAAGGAAGAGACUGAAAAACACAAUCAGGACCUGCGUUGCGCACUUCAGAAAACCCGCGCCGAGCUCAGGGCUAAGGAAGAAGCUCUGAAGGAAGUCGAGGCCGAGAGGCUCUCCGCGGCGCAAGAAAAAGACAUGAGCAUUGCACAGCUCAAUCACUCUCUGCGGGAGAAGGAGCGACAGUUACAGGAGUACUCACAAAUGUUCGAGACACCAGAAAGUCCCAAACCAAGAGAUGCACUUGUUGAGAAAUUAAGAGAGCGAAUUAAAGACAGAGACAGAGCUUUGGAGCGCACCAUCGAUGACAAGUUCCGCUGCCUGGAUGAACGUGAGCGUCAAGUGAGGACACUGCAGCUGGCGCUACGGGAAAAAGACCGAGACCUGGACAGGCUCCGCUGCAUCCUAUCUAACAACGAGGAGACCAUCACGAGUCUCGAUGCUCUGGUGCAAAGGAAAGAGCUGGAGCUGGAGCAGGCGGCCGAAGCCUACAGAAACCUUCAGUGGCUGAAACAGGCCAGUGAAGAAAAGGAGAGCAGAACUUUCAGGGAGAAGGAUGCCAUCAUUGGCCAGCUGCAAGCAGCGCUGCAGGCUCGCGGCAAGGAGGUACAGGAUCUGACGGCGACCCUGGUCGCCAGAGUUCAGACCGGCCCCACCGAGGUGGUGGAGGAGCUGAAGGCUCGGCUCCAGCUGAAGGAGAAGCUCUUCCAGGAGCUGCUGUCAGACCGCAGCCGCCAAUCGAUUGAACACCAAACGCGGCUUUCGGACUUGCUCAACACCCUCGCUGACAAAGACCAGUACCUGCAGGACAAUUCGUACAGGCUGUCCUUGGUUAUAAGCGAGCGCACAGGUCAGCUGCAGGAGGUGCGCAGGCAGCUGUCCAAGAGAGAGCAGGAACUGUGCGAGCUGAGGCGGGACAAAGAGAGGCAGACGGCCGGAGACGUGCAACACCUGCAAGGUCUUCUCCGAGAGAAAGAAGCCUUUUUUAAGGAGAUGAUGCAGAACCAAGAGGAAGUCAUGAUGCGGCCGCCGUCUCCAGAGAGUGAAGAAGACGUGAAGGCCCUUCGGGAAGAGCUGCAGUUAAUGCUUAAGAAGGAGAGGGAAGCCCAGAAAGAACUCUCUGCGUUGUCUUUGGCUGCCCAGCAAGCAAAGGGAGCAGCAACAGCAAGUACCGAGCAUGUGCUGGAGCAGCUCGUCUUGGAGUACCGUCAACUGAAUGGUGCCCUGAGGACCGAGAAGAGACUCUACCAGAAUCUCAUUCACACCAAUAGCGACAGCUCGGACAAGGUCUUGGCCCUCCACACUCAGCUGGACUCGGUUCAGGCACUCCGCGGGCAACUGGAGAAGGUCCUGACCCGGAUUCAGAACAUGGCCCUGGACCUGGAAAGGGCCACCAAAAGGCAGCGUGACUUAGGAGAUGUCAGCACCGAAGAGGACGAGGGGGAUGAUGAAGACGGCAGCAGCGACGAGUUCACCGACAGCAUAGAGGACGACGAGAAAGUUACACCUGCGAGUUUGCCUUUCACCCAGCCUCAAGCGGCCCGUGGGCAUGAAGGAGAGUCUGCAUUCCUGACGACUCGCACGCAGAGCGUUGAACUGGAGCUAAAAGAAAUACAGUCGCAGCUCGAGUGGGAGGGAUUCACCUCGGUGACCCAGAUGAGGAGCACACUGCAGAGGCUUUGGAAGGAGAACCGCUUCCUAAAAGAACGUCAAGUGGGGACGAACCACGGGAGUCUUGACCGGGGUGAGGAGGAGGACGAUACUGAGGAGGAGGACUACAUGGAAGAUGAUGAACUGGGGGCGACGUCUUGCGUGGCUGUCAAGGGUCCGAGUGAGCGUUCGGCCCGGCUUUGUUUGGAGAACCGAGAGCUGCAGGAGCUGAUGGCACGAGUGGCCACCUUGGAGGCCCAAUUGAGCAGCUCCAAGUUGGAGGGGAAGUGCGAAGCAGAGCAGGGGAAGUGUGCCACAUGGCCUGGAAAGUACAACUCUCUCAUCCAGGCCCAAGCUCGUGAGCUCUCCCACCUGAGGCAGAGGAUGAGAGAGGGUGAAGGAGUCUCCCAUAUCCUCACACAGCAUCUGGCUGACACCACCAAGGCUUUUGAGGAGCUGCUGCGGGCCAACGAUGUUGACUACUACAUGGGGCAGAGCUUUCGAGAGCAGCUUUCACAAAUCACCGCGCUAGCUCAGAGACUGCCCAUCAAGCUGACUGGACGACUGGAGCUCCACAAGCAGCUGGAGCAGAAACUGGGCGCCGGCUCCCCUCGCACGCCGUCCCUGUCGGCCUGCGGCGCCAGCCCUCAGAGAGAAAACGUCUACAGGCGACAGCUGCUGCACGACCCGGCCCCUUCUCCACCUGUCAGGGACAUUGGUCUCUUUAACUGUGGAUCUCCCUGCCCCCCCUACUCGGACCUGGAUGACAACCAUAGCGCCGCCAACGACCCCCUCGACCCGCACGCUGAGCUGGAAGGCGACGCCCCCGAUGGCUCGUUCGCCAACCGUUAUGGCCGCCACGCCGUCGGUCACGUGGAUGACUUUCACGCUCUCCAGCAACAAGUCCUUGAAGGUCGCAGUAUCGUGCAACGCAUGGAGGCAGCGUUGCGCCCGCGCCUGCGCUCUCCUCCACCGUUAGGAGCCGCCCAGAAACAAAACAAUGAGCAGCUCUUGGAUUACGGCAAUGUCCCGAGUCUCUUGUCCAACACGAAGACCCUGAGGCAGAUUCUGGAGGAGGCGGCGUCCCUGCUGAAGAUGUUCUGGAGGGCGGCGCUGCCGCCGAACCUGAAGAAGGAGCAGUCGAUGCAAGAGGAGAUCUUGUCCCUCAAGCUGCGCGUGUCUGAGCAGGAGGAGGUACUGAAGGGGACGAUUCAAAGACUGAGGAGCACCAGUCGCACCAAGGAGAGCAUGGAGCAUUUCAUCGUGAACCAGCUGUCAAGGACUCGGGAUGUUUUGAAGAAAGCAAGGACAAACUUGGAGAAGAACGAGCUGAGACUUUCCUCUCUAAGCGCCUCGUCUUCCGCUCCCUACGCCGCUGAGGAGCCAGGAGGUGGUGCCAGAGAGCAACCUGCUAAUGUCCGGGGCUUGACGACUGACGGAGUCAAAGCCAACCAGCACUCUGCUGCCAGGAAGCGCACCAGCCGAUGCUUGCUUUAGACCCCGAACAACCGGACUCAAUGCUACGGACCUCCACAUUUAAAAUCACUAAGACCUCCUCAGUCCCCUAAACCUCUGUCUUCAACCAGGCCUUACCAAACUCCCUUCAGCGUCCCCAAACUCCUCAAAAGCGCAGUCAGUGUUAUUCUUUGAGUGGAGCUGUCAGCAAUGUGUAUGAAAGAAGGCGUGUGAAACGUGUACCUGGUGGUUGCAGUGACAAGCCGGAUUGGAACGGCUUGAAGACGCUCCCGAAACGUCGUCUUCCGAGAACAUGUGGAGGGGCAAAGGGUUUUUUCUGCACGUAAAAAGG